CACACGCGGUUGCUGCGGUGACGCGCGGAUCAGGCCCCGGUGCCGGCGGCGCCGCUCUCGUGCCCGCCCGCGAACUCGGAGCGCUCGCUGGCUGUCUUCUUUAACUGUAUUUUGGAUGGGAUUUUCUUUUACUUCAUUGCCAUCUAUAGAAACGGAUGAAUAUUUUUAGUGUUUAUUAUAGGUGAGAGAGCAUGGAUGAAGCUGUGGUGGGGUGACCCUGGCUGGACAUCAGGUGCUCACCAAAGCCUGUCUCAUUCGCCUGCUCAGUGGGACAGAGGAGGGAGAGAAAAUACAACAAAAAGGUCAAGUGCUAAGGCUCCAUAUAUCCCCAGAUGUCCUUCUGCCUGACUGAGAUGUUUUUGUGGUCUUUGAAGACCAACUUACAUAUUAGAGAUGAAGACAUUGGGAUCCACCAGUACUGUGACAAGAAACAUCCAGCUCGAGAUUAUCCUUGGAUCCUGAAAACCAAGCGAGUGGACAAACUGCGAGAUGCACUCAAGGAGGUGGAGGACUUAAUGCAGAACAGUCCAUGUGUGCUGAGCAAAUGGAAGAACAAACAUACCUGUCAGCUCCUCUUUCACUCCGGUAUUUUGGUGUCCCUAAGCCUUUCUGGGCCGCAGCUGGAGAAGGUGGUGAUUGACAGGACCCUGGUGGGGAAGCUCAUCUCCGACACCAUCAGUGAUGCUGUUCUUACAGACAACUUCAUCAUCUUGUCAUUUGAAGACCAUAAACAACUCUGCUUUAUUCAGUUUACAAAGACGAUGGAUUCUCCCGAUGUAAACAAAAGACUGGAAAAACUCUCUUGUUUGGACUCUAAGAUUUCUUAUGUUGAUAUACUUGGACCAGAAGGUAGAAGGAUGAAACGUCACCUGGCAAUAAACUGUAUGCAAGAUCUGGUCAUUUGCUGGUGGUCAGCAACCAGUGAUGGAGCAUGGCCUUGGUCUCCUAUUUCCUGUCAGAGGGACAGAGCCAACCUAUUGCUAUUAGGCUGUGCACAUGGCAAAUUGGAGGUGCUGAGUUACAUCCGCACGGAGUGGGAGCCCCUGGAUGCCAGGUUCAGCUCUAUGCAGCCCCAGCAGGUGCUGACUGUGGAGCACUCGCUAUCCGCAGCCAAGGAGCCCAUGGCCGACAGCUGCGUCUACAAGUGCGUCAGGAACCAAAUCCAGUGCGCCGCCGUCACCAGGGUCCCCCUGCGAGCCAGGGCCAUCAGCUGCUGCAGGGAUGUGACGGAAGACAAACUGGUGCUGGGCUGUGAAGACUCCUCAGUAGUUCUGUUCGAAGCCUACAGCCAAGUGACUCUGUUGGCCCAGGCAGAGCUGCUCCCUGCUGUAAUAACCUACCACCCUUCUGGAGCCAUGCUGGUGGUUGGCAGCUCUCAAGGGGAGCUGCAGCUUUUUGACACGGCACUGUCCCCAGUUAAAAUUCAGCUCUUGGCACAAGACUAUUCACCUGAGGCAACUCUGCAAUUCAGUAAACACUGUGAUGUGCCCACCAGCCUCAUCCAGAUCCAGUGGGCUGCUCCUCUAGGUGCAUUUGCCAGUCCUGCCAGCAUGGAUAUUCAUGAUCUUUUGUUGGUUAGAUUUGAUAAAGGACCCUUGGGAGUGCUUCACUUUAAACUUGGUGUGCUCACAAGAGGACAGCUGGGCCUUGAGGAAAUCAUCCACCAGUAUAUUCGUUAUGAUGAGAUACAGGAGGCAAUUAAUGUCUUGAGCACCAUGAACUGGAACACAAUGGGUCAGCGGUGCUUUAUCUGCCUGAGUGCCAUUUGCAACCACCUCCUUAAACAAAAGCUUACACCAGCCAGAGAGGCACAGCUUGAGGCAAGCCUUGGAACCUUUUAUGCUCCAACAAGACCUCUCUUGGAUAGAACUGUGCUGGAGUACAGGGACCCCAUCAGCAGAUAUGCAAGAAGGUUCUUCCACCACCUGCUCAGGUAUCAGAGGUUUGAAAAAGCAUUUCUGCUUGCUGUUGACAUUGGUGCUCGGGACCUGUUCAUGGACAUCCAUUACCUUGCUCUAGAUAAGGGUGAAUUGGCACUAGCUGAAGUGGCAAAGAGAAAGGCUAAUGACAUUGAUGCAGAAUCAAUAACUACUGGAAUUGAACUUCUGGGGCAGUCAGAUGAAGAAGACCCAUCUUGUGAAGCUUUCCCUGACCAAUCUCCAGAGCAGGGAGGAAGGUGCAACCCGCCUGCCCUCGGCCCUGCCGACAGACCACCAACACAGAGCUGUUCCCACAGACCCACCAGCCGCAGACAAGCAGGGGACACUGAGCCUGGAGUGGAUGGCCACACCACCUCCCUGAACAAGAAAAGCUUUUCCAGCAGCCAGGAAGGAAAUAUGAAAGCCGUUCCUUCAGAGCAGAAGUCUUGCAGCAGCUGGGUACCUGCAUGGAAACCAGCACCCCGCAGAUCAGACCAGACCCUUCUAGCUGGACCGACCUGUGGCUUUAGUUCAACACAUCCCAAAUCCAUCCCAAACGCACCAUCAGCAGCUCUUCCCCUGGACACCACCAGCAGCCUGCUGCAUGAUGGACAACCCGUUCCUGAGGUCUCCCUUUCACCCGGCUGCCUCCCCGAGCUGGCGUCCCCCUGACACCACUUCCCGCACGUUGCUUCAGCGGGAGCUCACACAAUACUGGGCUUGGUGCCACCCAAGGGGAGCACACCCAAAACCCGGCCCUUCUUGCACAGGCAAUUCUGCAGGAAGAUCCCUGCAGCUGUGAGAUGGAGGAUUUGCUUUGCCUUCCUUUGCCAGUUUGUUGGGGAAAGACUGGAGCCAGGGGUGACCUAUUCCCAGUGCAAAUGGCCACUGAGGCCUCGGCAGGGAUGGAUCUGACACGGGCCUGUCCUCUGUAGGUGCAUCACAGCACAUGAACUCCUCACUCGCUGCUGCUCUCAGCUAUGAGGAAGCUUCUCCUCCCUGAAACUGUGGAAAUCGUGCAACAAACUGUUCCCAGUGACCUGCCAGAGCAGCUGGCUGUCACACAGCCAAGCAGUGCUCAAGCUGUUGAACAAGAUUUGUUUUCUGGAGGAGAGCAUUAGUAGUGGCUCAGAGGCUACCAUGGGGGUCACCUGUGUCUCUCCAGCACCAGCACAGGUCACCUGUGUCCUGCCUGCAGCCCAGUGGUGUGAGGGUGAUGGUAGGCAAGGGCUGCUGAGGUCUUCUCAGCUGGCAGUAGGACAAAUCCAGUCUUAAGUGGCUUUGCCAGACUGGUUUUGGGUUGGCCAGAGGAUCCCACCACCAAGCACAGAGGUGGGGGUGAAGACAGAUGGUGGAGGAAUGAGGAUAAUCUGCAGCUUUCCUUGCCCUGUGCAUGGCUUGUGUGGGUAUGGCUCCUCAGGCAACAGGGCUGAAGCAGAUGAGAAGAGAGCAUCCCAUCCUCAAUAUUUAGAGUGGCCAGGAUUUGGUGUUCGUGUUCCAUCCUGGACAUGAGAUUAGGGUGGCCUGGAGGACCAUGCUGCUUGAGACCCAGCCCAGCCUUGCUGCUCUGAGCAGGGUGGUCCCAGAGGUCCCUUCUGCUCUGUGUUAUUCUGGGAUAUGAUAAUCUUGAGCAACUGUGUAGGUUAGUUCUGAGUUUCCAUGUAGCAGCAGCCAGAGUUGGACCAGUGAAACCAAGGCUCCAAACACGUUGGUCACCUACCUUGGUACAAACAAGACCCUUUGGAAAAUAUUAAUCUCAACUGCUCUCUUGCUCCUGGGCCAGAGACUGGUUUUCUACCAGGCAUUUUGAGAUGCUGAAGCUGAUGGCUCCUUCUGGCUACCAGGUGAUAAUUUUAAUCUAUUAUCACUCAGUGGAUUAUCUAUCAGCCAGAAUGGUUUUAUAUUGUACUAUUCAAGGGAAACAAGGCAUUCCCAGUGAAAAGGAGUGGUACCUCUGGAUCCUAGCAACAGGCACGUCCUUCCACCUAGUCAUUCCUGCAGCCUGGUACCAGGCAGUCUUCAUCUGAAUAAAACAGGUGUUUAAAAUAAUUUCCUGGGGCUUCUUCAUUUAUUCUCCUCUCUCCUACUCUUGUCCUUUCCCACCUUCAUCAUGCCCUUGAGAAUAAUCCUAGGAGAAAAAGCGUAGCCUCCUGGGAGCAGUACAGCAGUGCGGGGAAGAGGUUUCUCUGUAUUUCCCACUCCAGGAGUGUAGAAGGAUCCUCUGUUCUGCCUCAGACCUGUGGAGACAGAGCAAACCACUGCCUCCAUCCUGCCAUCCCUGCAGGUCUGAGAUGACUUCGUGGCUUUUCAAUUACAGGGUGUGCCUUCCCACACCACUCCUCCCUUCGCCUGCUGGAGUGGGACCACAUCAUUACCAUGAAAAGCCCAAUGAUCUGAGCUCUCCAGGGCACAAGUAGAUGCUCUCCUGUCAGGAUAUUCAUGUUUUCCUUCUCUGGAGGACCAGCAGCUCAUUACCAUAGGGAGCAGCACUGCAGUGCUGGCUGCCCCUGUUCAUGGACAGCUGUCUUCCUGCACAAUGAAAAUCAACUCUCAUCAAAUUGUUACGGCACCUUUAUUGCUGGGGUGCUACAGCAGAAAAGGUGCAGAUAUCAGAGGAGGAUUCCAGUCAUUACCACUCUUCAGCUUUGAUUAACAAAAGUUAAAACUUCAUGCCACAUCACAGGCUUCCCACACGACACCACCAGGUCUGCUUUAGUGUGACCAGAAAGGUUUGCAAAUAGGAUUUUUAAAAAGUAUUUUUUUAAAAAUUAAGUAGGUAGGUCUGCAGGGCUGGGUUCUUGUUCACACCUCUCCAGACAGAGGCACAAAUCACAAACCCAGGUCAGAUACCCACCUGAUGCACUCUGGACCUUGCACCUUGAGCAACAGGGACCUACCCAAACAGCCUUGAACUCUUACAGGGUCAAACAUGGUGUGGGGUCUUUUUCCAGCCUGCAUUCACCUGCCCACCUACUCUCUUCAUCCCCAGAGCAACCACCUGCAGAAACCCCUCUGCAUAAGGCCCUGACACAGCCCUGGGGACAAAAGAGCCACCCCUUCCUUACCUUCAGCAGCUGAUGCUCCUCAAAAGAAAAAUCUUUGUUUUUGAAGCCUCCAGCAGGUGUCAUUCAGAGAGCAAGGAGAGCCCACAGAAAGCUUGAAGCCACCCAAAACCCAAGGCACAUACACACAGCCCCACCAUGAGGGCUGCUACCAAGGAAGGCACCUCAUAAUCUCCCUGAAGUGAGAGGUGCCUUACUGAGCAGAAGUCUCAGUGGUGAAGCUGUUUCCACCCUGGAAUAACCUGAUGGGGUCUGGGAUGCAAGCACUGGUUCAGCUGGGACAUCAGGGACACUUUUAAAUCAUCUUCAAAAUACCUCUGAGGGUUUUCAAGGGGUUGUAUUUUGUCAGGGCCACCUCUCACCAUCUCCCUGCAAGGGAAGAGCCAAGCCAUGGGCUGGAAGCUCAGUGUCCAUACAGAGCUUGUUUGGAGCCAUUGCACUUUUACUGCUCCCUCCAUAGUGAGAUAGGGAAGUCAUGGAGGGAAUGCUGUUUUGGAGGGAGAUCUCUAUCUCUGUGGUGAAGUGCACAUGCCAUGAGAUGGAGCUGCUGCUCUGGUAAAGGUUCCUUGUGAAGCUUCAAGAGUUAGGACAUUUUUUUUUUAUCUUCUUUGAAGUCAGGGAGCCAGGGAGUCACUCACAUGAGUCCUGUGCACCCUCACCAGUGCUCCCACAGCCUGGCACGGACCUUACAGCCACCUCCUGGGGCCAAGCCCACCCCCUCUUCCCACGCCAGCCAAUGUGUUUUGCCCUCUGAGACAGGACAAACACACGUUUCCCUUUGUUUCCAGCUCCACACCUAGUUUUUUUCUUUGCAUCAUGAAGGGCUGGCUACUCAUCUGUAAUUCAAAAGAAAGCAAUGACUCACUAGACUACAUCGCUUUCCAAGGCAAAGCAUUUCAUGCAUUUCACAGGCACGCUAGCCCUAGCCCAGGUUAUGAAAUAACCUCUGCUGGUGGCACACAUUCUCCCCAUCUCCAUGUCCUUUGAAAACCCAGAGGGCUCAGGCUUCCACCCUGCACAGGCACAGAGUGCAGGAUGGGGAUUUGUGCUUACUCACUCAUUUGCAUUGUGUGAGGAAUGCCAAAUGCCAUCUCCACUUUAAAACCUGGCUGGCCACACAUGGGAAUUAACCCAGCUUAAUUAAAAGGUAAUAAAAACCUAAAGUUUCACUUUUGGCAAUAGGUUUCCAAGCACCAGGAGAGGGGUCUCAAAGGCAGGUGGAGCCUCGGCUGCCAGCCCCUCACAUCCGAGGGGACACCAUGCACGGACCCUGGAGCUGCAGCCCCUGGUUUUCCCAGGAGCAGCAGGGGCAGGGGAGUGUGAAGGGACUUAAAAACAGAUGAGAAAUGCCUUACCUUGAAUGAUAAGCCGGUCUUUACCAUUUUGGGGCUACAUCCUUUAUUACCAGGCCAAAGUGGGACAGUGUCUACAAUUGUUUCUUCUCCCUGGGUUGGGGUGGUAUUUUGAUACCUGUGUUUCCACCCCCCAGUGCCUCUCUCUGCAGCCUGCUUGAUCUUGCCUGUCUUUCC